AUAAUAUAUAUGAGGUCUCAAGCUGCGAUAAGAUGUUUAUUGAGCCUCAGAGAGAAGCUGAGCCUGAUUCAGACAAAUUGAAGCAAGGGAAAAAGCAGGAAAUGGAAUGGAAGGAGUUCACCAAGGAACCACCGAGUGCUCAAAAAUCACUGGUGAAGAUAUCAUCCCGCUUCUUCUCGGCAUCUUCUCCUCCAAAGCUGAUGGAGAGUUUAUGCCUACAUCUGUCUUUCGCGGGUUAAUGAAAUCAGUGCAAAAAUAGGCUCCCAAGCUUGUUGCUGGGAUAUUGCUUCUUGGUGCAGGGGUCUUCUUCUGAAAUAGAGCUGAGAAGAGUCGACUAUUUCAGCAGCAAGGAAUUGCCACAAGUAUUGGAAAGGUAACCUCCACAACAAAGCCACAGUUCGUGAGAUAUGACAAAUUCCACAGAGAGUAAAGAAGCUAAUAGAGCUCCUACCUCAUCAAGAGGUACAGUUUCAUCAUCUGAACCUGCUCAUCUUCUGAUUUCAUUUGUUGCAAGUCUAUUAAUAUUCAACUGUUAUAAUGAAACUUAGCUUGCAGGUAAAUUUCUUACACUUUCCAUUUCCAUAUUCAGGAUAAUGAGGAAGAAGCUUCGCUUUUUGUCAUACUGUAUUUGCUUCUGUCCAGUGUUUUUGUACCAUUAUUUUUGUACCAUUAUUUCAGAUUUGUUCACAACAAUGACUUCGGCACCUUCUGCAUUCCUGAAGCCAAAAUGCGCUCUCUGGGACUGCCCCAGGCCUGCUGUUGGAUCAGAAAGAUGGCAUGAUUAUUGCAGCAUGUAUCAUGCUGAUUUGGUUGUGCAAGAAGAGGGCCCUCUAGGCACAAUGCCUAUGAUUCGUCCAAGAGGUAUUGAUCUGAAAGAUGCCCCCUGUUUGCUGCUCUUAGUGCAAAAAUCCAAGGAAAAAAAUGUUAGGAUCCCUAUCUGUGAAGGAGCUGCCACUGCAAAGUCUCCGUGGAAUGCACCUGAACUUUUCGAUCUUUACAUCUUUGAAGGUGUGUCUAUCAGAGAAUGGUUGUUUUUUGACAAACCAAGGAGGGCAUUUGUUAGUGGAAAUCGGAAGCAGCGGUCCUUGCCAGAUUACGGCGGCCGUGGUUGGCAUGAAUCUAGGAAGCAGGCGAUGAAGGACUUUGGGGGUCUGAAGAGGUCCUAUUACAUGGAUCCACAACCAUCCAACAACUACGAAUGGCACCUCUACGAAUAUGAGAUCAAUGAGUGCGAUGCUUUUGCCUUAUAUCGUCUUGAGUUCAAGUCUUCAGAUGCAAAGAAGAUUGUGAAAUCCAAAUUAGCCUAUAAUCCACUGAAUGAAAUUCAGCAGCAAAUGGUUAGACUCAGUGCAGACAGUCCUGUAGACAACAAACGGACGGCCCGGGGCAAGCCACAUGCUAACCCGACAGCUGUCGAUACUAACAUCUAUUCAGUUCCAAACACCACAGCUCAAGCCAAUGUUCCAAAUGCUUUUUAGCUAGGGUCACAAGUGGACCAGAUGACAUAUUUGAAUGGUAGUGUUGUUUAUGGGCCUCAUCUGCCGUAUGGUUACUCGACUGAAAGAGGUGACUUUUAUUGGAACUCAGCUGAUGGGACAUGAGAAGAUGAACACAUAUUCGAUUUAUGGCAUAUUUGGCCUUCAAGUUCUAACAAGUCCAGUUAUGGUUAUUGGGUCUACUCUAUUAGCAUGACCCCCCAUCUUCUUUUAGUUGGAACUGGUCCAAUCUACAGGAAACAUCUCUAAAACAAAGGAUGUCAAUACUGCAGUUCUAUUUUCUGGGGUAACUUUUGUCGUUGUAAUAUAGGUGUAUCAUGAAAAUAGCAAGCAAGCAUCUCCCCGAUGUGCAUGCAGUUGUAUCAUAUGCAAGAUAAAUCUAUGGUUUGGUGGACUGGUAACCUGUCAUGCUGGUGGUUCCAUUUAUCUGUCACGUUGUAGUGCAUCAAUACAUCUUGUUCUG